GUGAAAGUGCCAGAUGAUCAGGAGCCAGAUCCUGUAGAUGAAGCCCAGAGUCCAGAAUUAAAUGAAACGCUACUGGUUCUGUCCGGCUCUGAAAAUAAACUUCAACUCGAACAAAAUUGUGGUCCACGUGAUUUUAGUCGAGAAAGCUGUGGGGACUCAUAUUCAGAAAAUAACUGGGGCAACACGAUGAACCCAACUGUACCAAAUGUUACUCAAAAUAAUUGGGAGACAAAAAUUUAUAUUGAACUGGAUUAUCUAAUUUCUCAUGAUAAUGUACUAGAUAUGGGUUCUUAUAAUAAUGCACAGAAUUUUGAUGGGAUUUCUUAUAAAAAUGAAGAAAAUAUGUCGGCUGUUUCAAAUGAUGGUCAAAAAUCUAAUUUAAUUCUGUUAGGCGUUGACUUUCUUAACGACUCAUUAUCUGCUAACGAGAUUCAUAAUGAAUUUGGAAGUAAUGACCUCAAGUCGAAGGUCGUUCAUCAUCAUCUAGCCAUUUUUAGUGGAUUCUCCAUUCAAUACGAGAAACAUGGUUUAAACAAAGUCCUAUUAGUUGUAAUUUGGAGACAUAAGUACCCAACAUUAUUUCGAGGAGGAGGAGAAUUGAAAGUUACACAUAAUCUUUUUUUUAAAAAGAAAAAUCAGAAUCUAAGCUUGGAAUCUUAAAAAAAAGGGGGAGGUGUUAUAUCCGAGUGGAGAUUAAAUUACAGGUAACUUCCGAGGACUAUUCAUGGACUAAUAUCCUAUAAAUAUUCUUGUUGUAUAACUAUUCAACAAUUACAUUAUGUAUAUUUGUAUCCCUCUUAUGACAAGCUUUAUUUUGGCCUAUAAUUUAUUAUUGUACGAUUUACGGUUCUUAAGUUAUGCUCAGUUUAUUAACUACUGCCUCCCACAUUCACAGCCACUUUUUGGGCUUAUUUGUGUACAAAUAUUAUUUCCUAUUUUAUGG